AUGGAGGGUUCCCUGUCGGAGCAAUCCUGCGCAAGCCUGAGGAAACUGUUGAAGAGUUUUUUUAAUAGUCACUUUGAAUUCUAUUCUAGUCUUAUGAAGCUAAGAACUCCGUGUAAUACUGAAGAUGUCAUACCCAAGGAAGUCUCUCCCGAAAACUCAGAAACUGUACCUGGAAAUGAAAAUAUGGCAUUUGGAAGAGAUUUUACCAUCAAAGGUGGUGUUGCAAUAUACAAGAACAUCAAUCUUCAAAACGAAACUCAUAGUCUGGAGAUAGAAGAAAACAGCAUUCCUCUCAUUUGUGAGGUAGCUGCUGUAAAAAUAAAUUUAAGUAACAAGAGAAGUCUUAACUUGAUUGGAGUGUAUCGACCACCUUCAAGCUGUGUGAAUAACAUGAGACAAGCACUUUCUGUCCUCGAAGAGAUAUUUCGCUCGACUGCUACAAGUGAUGCAUCUUUCCUCAUGAUGGGGGACAUUAACAUCGAUAAUUUGGAGCCCUCAACAAGAAAGACCAGGUUUGAUGAACUUCUCGCCUCCUUCGAUAUAAGAAGAGUACCUCUACCUGCAACAAGGAUAGCUAUCUCUGGCAACAACAGAUCAGCAACCUCUAUCGAUGCUUCAUGGGAAGACAUACUGAGUAGUGAUGAUGUUAAUGAAGCCUACAACCGGUUUAUUAAAACAACUAUUCUAGCACUUGAUUCAGCCUGUCCGCGGAAGAGGACGAGAAGACCUAGAAGUUCACGGAAGAUUGUCUACGAUGCAGAGACCAUGGAGAUGAAGAGGGAGUAUCUGGCGGCCUAUGACAUUUUCCUGUUGACCAAUGAUUUGGCAGAAAAACAAAGAGCAAGCUACUUCAAAAGAUUAUAUGAUCUGAGGCUGAAAGAAAUUCGUCGUGUUCAUAGCACCACACACAUAAUAACCGCUGACAACAAAUCCAAAGCAGUUUGGGAUAUCAUCAACAGUGAACGGAAGUUGAAGAAAUCAUCAACUACAUCAUGUGUCCCUUUAUCAGUGGAUGGAGUUGAUGUGAAUGACCCGUCACAAGUAGCUGAUUAUUUUAAUACAUAUUUUACAACAAUUGCUGAUGAAACGCUGAAGCUAAAUCCACCAAUAACUCUUGUAACAGCACAUAUUGAUCAACAUAGGAAUGUCAUUGAGCUUAAAAAGCUAGCUGUUGUAACAGAACCUGAAAUAAGAAAGAUCAUCUACUCACUCAAAACAAAAACAUCUUCAGGUCUUGAUGAUAUAUCGACAAAGGCUGUCAAGUUUUGUUCAGAAGAACUCAUCAAGCCUCUUCUUCAUAUCACCAACCUAUCGCUUUGCCAUGGUGUGUUUCCACAAAAAAUGAAAGUCGCUAAGGUCAUGCCAUUACAUAAGAGAGGAAAAAAAGAUGACAUGAGAAACUACAGACCUAUCUCAUUGCUCCCCACCUUUUCAAAGAUUAUUGAAAAGGUGGUUUUGGCACAGCUUCUUCAACAUCUUGAAGUCAACAAGCUUCUCACAGAGAACCAACAUGGUUUUGUGAAGGGGAGGUCAACUAUUACAGCUUUAGUUGAUUUUGUGGAAACAUUAACGGAUCGAAUUGAAGAAGGCAGCAAUGUAACAGCUAUCUUUCUGGAUCUAAGCAAAGCAUUUGAUUGCUUAGUUCAUGAUCUUGUUUUGUCUAAACUCUCAUCACUCGGAAUACAGGAUGUUGCUCUUCAAUGGUUUUCCAGCUAUUUAAAAGAUAGAUUCCAAAUUGUAGAAAUCCAGCACAUUACCAAUAAGGAAAUUUCUCGCACUAGAUCUAGCCAGCAACCUGUUUCAAGAGGUGUUCCCCAAGGCUCGGUGCUUGGUCCUGUGAUUUUUAUCCUUUUUACAAACGACCUACCAAUGCAAAUCACACCUUACGGACUAUCUUUUAUGUACGCAGAUGACACCGUAAUUCUUUCUGCUGAUAAAUCGCUUGAUAGUUUGGAAGUGAAUUCUUUUAUAGCCCUAAACUGUGCCCUUGAAUACUGUCAUAAUAAUGACCUUGUUUUCAACGAAGCCAAAACUAAACAGCUAAUGUUUGGAAGUCAAAGAGAGGACAUUGUGGGGUUGCCCAAUAUUCAUAAGCACAAUUCUACAUCACAUCUUGGUGUAGUGAUUGACGAAGGUCUUACUUGGCGAGAACAUGUGGACUCACUCUGUCAAAGACUAAACAGCGCCAUCUUUGCUAUCAGAAGGAUUGUAGCAAUAGGUACCCCAGAGGCUGUGACGGUUGCAUACCAUGCGCUAUUCGAGAGCAGUAUGACAUAUGGAAUUGUUCUUUGGGGUGGCUCUUCAGUCAGCAAUCUCGAAAGGGUAUUAAUUCUACAAAAGGAAGCUCUUCGAACCAUGAAUGGACUACAAAUAAGAGAUAGCUGCAGAAGAGUUUUUUCGGAGAGCAAAAUCUUGACAGUGGUGUCGAUGUUUGUUUAUGAAACCGUACUGCUGUCAAUGAGGAAAGGUCUACCUAAAAAUUCCGAUGUUCAUAGACACAACACAAGGUUUGCUAAGAACUAUAACCUACCCUAUCACCGCAAACAACUUUUUGAAAGAAAACCCUCAUACCUAGGAGCGAAGCUUUAUAACGCACUGCCGGAGGAGCUCAAGAAUUACUCCAAAGCUGAAAAAAUGAAGCCCCAUUUGAAAACUUGGUUGUCUUCUCGGCCUUUUUACACCGUUGAAGAAUUUUUAAAUUGGAAAGACUUUGAUUUGAAUGACUUUUAA